UCUCAUUCCCUCUUCUCCUACAUUACCCUUUCUCGCGCGCGUACGUACAUUAAUAUAGAUACAUAAGUAUCUUGGUUUAAUGUUGUUGGUCAUGUUCACGGAACUACCGGGUUUAUUUUUUCCAGUUUCUCGUGAAGGGAUUUUCUGGCUAUAAUUUUCUUGAGUUUUAAUUUCAUCAGCAUUGCCUUCCGCCCUAAACAAAGGAAUGGGGAGGAAGAACAAAAGGAUAGGCAAAGGGAGGGUUUCAAGAAUUGGAAGUUAUGCAAUUGCCUCAUCAAUUACCGAUCCCGCUUGCGUUUCUUGCACAACCUUCAAUAUCCUUGCCCCAAUAUACAAAAGACUCAAUCACGAGGAUUCGAGUCACAGAGAAAGCGAUGUGAAAGAUUAUUGGUUGAACAGGAACCGUCAGAUUUUGGAUUGGUUGUUAUGUGAAAGAUCUUCGAUUAUUUGUCUCCAGGAAUUUUGGGUUGGUAAUCAAGAACUUGUUAGUAUAUAUGAUAAGAGGCUUGCGGAUGCUGGCUACAUAAAUUUCAAGCUUGCAAGGACGAAUAAUCGUGGUGAUGGUCUCCUCACUGCGGUUCACAAGGACUACUUUAGGGUCAUAAGCCACCAAGAUUUGCUUUUCAAUGAUUUUGGAGACCGUGUUGCUCAGCUACUGCACGUGGAACUGAUUGCACCUCCUCAAUGUCGAAACAGUAAUGUUCGGCAAGAAAUUCUUAUAGUGAAUACACAUUUGUUGUUUCCACAUGAUUCAAGUUUGUGCUUGGAGCGACUGCGUCAGGUUUACAAAAUAUUGCAAUAUGUGGAAUCAUAUCAAAAAGAAAACAAGCUCAACCCCUUGCCGAUUUUACUUUGUGGUGAUUGGAAUGGAAGCAAGAGAGGUCAUGUGUACAAGUUUCUUAGGUCUCAGGGAUUCGUAUCAUCAUAUGAUACUGCCCAUCAGUAUAGCGAUGGAGAUGCUCACAAGCUACAUGCUUCUGUGCAGUGGGUGAGCCACCGUAAUCAUCGUGGGAACAUCUGUGGUGUAGAUUUUAUAUGGCUUCUUAAUCCUAAUAGAUACCGGAAAUUACUUAAAACAAGUUGGAGUGCAGCAGUCUUUGGAAUGUUUAAGUAUCAACUUCGCCGAGCCUCACUUACAGAAGAUGAUGCAUUUGCCUUUCUAAAGGCUGAUAUCGAUGGUGAUUACAUUUCUUAUGAUGGCUUCUGUGAAGCAUUAAGGCAGCUUAAUUUGAUCGGCCAUUGCAAUGGACUGAGUGUUGAAGAAAUAAAGGAUCUAUGGGAACAAGCGGAUGUUGAUGGGGAUGGUGUUCUGGAUUACAAAGAAUUUAAGCUGGGAAUAUGGAAUGCCCCGUGGUCGGGGAAAAGUAAUGACAAAGCGAGUAAUGAUAUCUGGGAUGAUGUUGUCAGUGGCACAGAGGAAACUAUUGGUUUCAGUGUCAAGAAUGCAGUUCUUUUUCCGACAGAAGUAGAGAAGGGAAUUUGGCCAGAAGAUUAUUCUCUUUCUGAUCAUGCUCGACUAACAGUUGUUUUUUCGCCCGUAAGAAUGCCAUGCUCUCGACUGACAUCAUAACCUUUGCCUAUUGCAACUUACGUCAGAGCUCAGCACCAAUCAAAAAUCCCCAAUGCAUUCCAAGAAUUCUUGUUAUACGUUCGUUCCAACCCACCGCCCUCUUUUCUAGGUUCAUCGUUGUUUUGUGAAGAGGAUGAGAGCAACAUUGAAGUCAUGGUUUUGACAUUGCUUGUAGAGAAUACAUGGUUUUCAUACCUCGACCAGAGUGUUUGGCGUGGGAGAUCCGCCAAGAAUGCAUGUGAUGAAGAUCGCUUCAUGCUUUGGGGCCAGGGAGGAUUGCUGAAAAUUGUAGAUUCCAAGAAGAAUUUGUGAAAUUCGGAGCUUCACCGGACAUUUCCACGUUAUCCCAUAAAGACAAUUUCCCUUAGGUCCAUGCUAGCUGGUGACAGAAGAUGGUUUAAAUACAUCACCCUGUUGACUUUUGUUGCAAAAGGAACAAAAAGGUUUAUUUGGUAUAUUGUUCAGUACAACAUACCAAACAUGGUUCAGAACGAUUAUAAAGAGAAAACUAUAUAGGUGGAAGUAAAAUUUAUUGAGUUCUGGAAACAGGAAGUUUCCACGUAAUCACGUUUUGUAGUUUGGUGAGACUGCACCUUCUCAAACUUUUUUUUUUAAUAAUUGCCUAUGUACAUUCAGUAGAAGUUUAACCAAUGAAAGUAGAAACCAUAUGUUUGUAGCAAUGUACAGAUUGCGACUGUACCUUCUCAAUUUUUUUUUAAUUCUGAGUUUGUCUUAUUAUUCAUUUCA